AUUUGUUUGUAUUAAUGUCGAUGCCUUUCUAUUGGAAACAGGCACCUUCAUACCUUCAUCUGAGUUAUAGCUACUCGAUGAAAAAGUGAUCCAGAGAAAGUCACAUUUACAGCAACAGCUUUUGCAAGAUUGCAAGCAGACUCUACGCGACUCUCCAGCCAUUGUGCUUGUGCAAUGACAACGCCAACGGCUAACGAGGCCACAGCGUCGGCCGUGGGAAAUUCCAAUAUACCUACCGGAGGCGAGACAACAACCCUGCCCUUCUCGCUGCAAUACCCCAGAGCACUUGGAAAUACCAGCGCCCCGGAAAUUCGAGCGCUGCCUCGGCCAGGAGUGAAGCAAGUAGUCGAAGGCGAUGACAAGGAGGCUUAUAUGGAGAAAAGUGAACUUGUUGAGGAGAUAUCUCCUGUAGAUGGGGGCGAGUCUCAUUAUCCCCCGUCCUGGAAAGUGGCGCUCUUGACUAUCGGCAUCAAUUUUGCCCUGUUCCUGGUGGCUCUGGAUGGCAGUAUCUUAGCUACAGCGAUCCCAGCCAUUACCAAAGAAUUCAACUCGUUUAAUGACGUGGCCUGGUAUGGGUCAUCGUACCUAUUUGCCGUCUCCGCCUUACAGUUGCUUUACGGCAAGUUGUACACAAUGUACUCAGUUAAAUGGGUUUUCCUAGUUGCCGUUUUUGUCUUAGAGAUUGGUUCUCUUGUUGCUGGAGCGGCUCCAAGUUCAAACGCUAUUAUCGUUGGACGUACCAUAUCUGGUGUUGGAGCGGCAGGUGUAUACGUUGGUUGCAUUCUUAUUGUAGCUAACACAGUCUCCUUACAACAAAGACCGAUCUAUGUUGGUAUCCUGGCGAGCGUACACGGACUUGCUAGUGUGGUUGGCCCCAUCUUGGGAGGCGCUUUCUCUGACCAUGUGACUUGGCGCUGGUGUUUCUACAUUAAUCUGCCCGUCGGGGCAGUUACGUUGCUAUUCAUUUUCCUCUUCCUCCCACACUUGACACCCACACCAUCUCGAUCAUGCUUGCCAUGGAAGCAACAAAUCAAACAAUUAGAUUUACCUGGGCUCUUUUUCCUUAUCCCAUGUAUCAUUUCUUUACUAUUUGCGCUGCAAUGGGGUGGUUCAAAAUAUCCAUGGGGUAGUGCUCGUAUCAUCGCCCUGUUCGUCGUUUUCGGCGUAUUGGGUGUCAUCUUUUGGUGUGUAGAGCUUUGGCAGAAAGACUUGGCUACUGUGCCUCCCCGUAUCUUGAGGAACAAGAAUAUUCUCGGCGGCAUAUGGUAUGGUGUAUGGUUAGGUGCUGCUGUCUUCGUCUUCACUUAUUACCUCCCCAUCUGGUUCCAGGCAAUCAAGGGUACGUCAGCUACAGACUCGGGCGUUCGAACCUUACCUAGUAUUCUUGGCCAAGUUAUAUUUGCUCUAGUCGGUGGUGUAUUGGCGUCUGCACUCGGUCAAUUCGUUCCGUUGCUCAUUGUGUCCUCCAUCCUCUCAGCUGUCGGUGCUGGUUUGCUCAGUACUCUGAAGGUCAACUCAACCAUAGGGCACUGGCUUGGGUAUCAGGUGAUUAUGGCGAUUGGUGUGGGGAUUGGCUCCCAGAAUGUCAACCUCAUUGGCCAAGUAGCUGUUCCAUUGGAGGAUAUGGCCAUAGCUACCUCAAUUCUGUCAUUUACGGGAACACUCUCUUCUUCGAUCUUUCUGGCUGUAGCGCAAAGUGUCUUCCAGAAUCAACUUAUUCAUCAUUUAGCUAAGAAAGCCCCCGAAGUCGAUGCGAUCUCUCUUUUUGCUCAGGGUCCAUCUGCCUUAAGGACCAGCGUCACUCCCCAACAACUUCCAGCUACCCUUGCGGCUUAUAACGAAGCAAUCGUACAGACAUUCUACAUUGGUGUUGCUGCCGCCGCUCUAUCUAUUACAGGACCGGCUUUCAUGGAUUGGCUUUCCUUAAAGCAACCACUGCAGCAAAAGUCCACCCUAGGCACAAGUGAGCCAUCAAUUGAUAACGAGGAAUCUAUUUAGGGUUAAUGCUAUAAUGUUAUAUAAGAUAGAGAAUAUAGAAAUUUACUAUAGUAUAAACAGGAAACUGGGUUUAAAACUAAAGCUAAUUAUAUCCGUUAUGGGUAUGUUGAAUC